AUGCAGAGAGACAACGAAGAGCUGAAAAGUGAAAAAGGAGUCCAGAAACUCACAUGUCCUUUCCGACUCAUAGUUCACUGUUCCGACCCAAAUUUACAUACGGUGGCUGAAGAUUAUGGAGGACCACGAAAAGAAUUCUUUAGAUUGAUCCUAGGUGAAAUUAAAGAGACUUACUUUGACAACGGCCUAAGAGAAUUGUUGAGGGAAACAUAUACAAUCAUUGGAAUAAUAUUAGGAUUGAGUAUAAUUCAAAAUGGAAAAAUUCCAGUUUUCCUUGGUGAAGACAUUGUAAAAAAAGUUUUUUCUGAAACAUCAUCUGAAGCAUGUAUUGCUGAACUGCAAGAAGGUUUUAAGAAAGUUGGAAUCUACCAGCUUGGGUGUCUACUACCGACAUUUUUGGAAAUAUUCAAGCGUCCACCAUACACUUUGACAGUCAGAAGUUUGGUCAGUUUAUUGAAUCCGAGAUUUAGUGAGCAAGGUUCUAAUCGAAGACGAUUUGAGAAUGAAGUGUAUGCACAAUUUAUGAAGUAUAUAAGAUUGGUUGCUGGUGGAAGGAGGGGUGUGAUCAGCUUGGCCCAUAUUCUCAUGUUUGCGACAUGUGCUGACGAAGAGCCUAUACUAGGCUUUACAGUUAAACCAAGCAUCACCUUUGCAGAAGUAGAGAGUAUUGGCAAGUUUGUCCCCACUGCAAAUACCUGCAUAUGUUCUUUGGUUAUACCUCAUGCAACAUCCCUUAUUCCUUUGCCAGAACCUGACCGACUCUUUAACCUCUUCGAUUUUGCCAUUGCAAAUGCCUACUUUGGUAAUGCCUAAACUUGAGAGACACUGCAGUGAACAUCUGUAUAAGUGAAAAAGUCAAAAGUCAGCCGCUCUAACUAAUUGUUUUCAAAAAUGUUUCAUAAUAUUGUCUUUGUUCUUGAC